GUUUGUGUCAGUUUUUGGUGGAAGAUAAAUUGUGAUAUCGUUCGGAACACUGAUCAGGGCGAAAUUCCAUUCCAUAAAUUGUGAUAGAAGAACGACGUCCACUCUGAUUUCUAGAUUUUGGCAAUAAGAAUUAGAAUUUUGGAAAUCACUCUUUCGUACACUGACUGAUCUCGUUUCUGCCUAAAAAUGUCGUGGUUUUCGCCGUCAAAAACAUCGCCCUUUUCGUUGUGCGUGGCAGCAGCGGUUUUGCUGGCCUCAGGUGCGCAAGCCUUUGCAAAAACGAAAAGGGUAGGAGGCGAAGCGUCCGUUUUGCCUGAAGAUCCGUUUCUACUCUCGUCUCUCGUCGAGAAGGAUGUGGUGGAUGCUGUACAAGAUGAACAAACAGGAAGUUGUGAAGGUCAACAUGUAAAAGGCUCUCCGACAACUCGUGAACAAGAACAACAAGGACGCCACGUAGCCCCCCUGCUCGAGCAACCAGGACAAAUGCAUCAACAUCAAAAAGUAGUGGAAGGAGCAGUUGUGGCAGACACCAAUGAUGAUAGAGAUAUCCUCGUGCUUCCUUCCUUAUCAACAUCUUCGAGAGAAGCUCCUAUCAUCUCAAAAGAAGCAGAGCCGACUGUUGUGCGACUGUUGAAGCGUAUUGAGAAGCUGCAUCAAAAUGAAUUGAGCUUAUCGCCAGCAAUGGCGGAAGCUCUUAGUUAAGGCGCCACUCGAUCAGUCAUCGUUUUGAGAUCACAGUAUGUUUCAGAAGAACAAGCCACUUUCUUAAGAAUACUACAUUGUCGUAACUUCUUUUUCAAAGGAUGGUAUCGAUGGUCUGUCUGGGAGAUGACUAUUGGGUUGGAGCGCUAAGAAAAAGAACUCAUUUCGUACUUCGAAGAAGGUAAUGGCACAGAAGAAGAGCAUCCUGACAAGGAGAGGCAUGCAAGUAGAAUGUUCCUCCCAGCGAGGUGGACGGUUAACGAGUCGUUUCUUGUAGAUGACGAUGAAGUUGCAGAAGAGAGCAUCACCGACGUUGGAGACUGGACAAAUACUUAUAGUUGCCCGCACGUAUCGAGGAUACCGGAUUUUUACGGAGCUCAACAUUUUCACAAGAGCUCGAGUACGGAACUAGCAGAGGGAGAUGGACAGGUUCAAGGCUUACGGGAGGAACCACAAGUGCAAGGGCAAAACGAAAGAAAGAUCUGCGCUACAUUGUCUUUGCUUUGGUCCCAGCUGCUCAUCAUUGAAACUGUACUCUUUCGAGUGAGUGACGGCCUCUUGGACCACAAGAUUACCAACAUCAAGCGGCACAUGCAGGAGAUGAAUGCAAUCGAAGAUGAUGCAUCUAGAACGGCCUUCCCGUCGGAUGGAGGUAUAUCAUACUACUGGAAUCGUUUCCGAGAGGCAAGUCCCUCGUUUCUCCCGCCAUUUCCAUGGGGAGGUAGUCGUAAUGAGCAGGCUGUACAAUAUGCAACGAGCAGCCCGGUCUUGGACCAACAUGCUCUGGACGGGAAUAGCAGUGCUCAGCAUCGACAGGUGAUAGAUACACCGCGUGAUCAGCAGGAUGAUGUUCUGAGUUUCGCAGGUGUUGUAAAUACAACAACUAAUCAAGAAGUGGAGCAGGAGAAAAAACAUGAAGAUUAUGUUCUCGACCACGAAGUAGUUCUAGGACGAAGUCAUGAUUUUGCUGUUGGCGAAAAAGAGCAAGAGUGUCCUUCUUAUCUUCUUCUUUCACCAAGUUUGGAAGUAGAGCGUGAGAAGUUGGCAGCGUUUGAGGCCGACAGGGAGGAAAGGCGUGUCGUGUACGAAAAAACACGACUGUUCGCAGAGCAAAAGAUGCGCAGAAGCUUAGUCGAUGACAAGAAACUGCUCACGAUUAUCAACGAGCUACUACAAAAAGAAGCUACGGGAAUGAACAUGAAGCUCCUGCCAGCAACUAGUAGAAGUGGUACUUCAGCAGCAGGCGGAGCAGCAGCAGGAGGAGGACCUCCAACAUCUUCAACGGGUGUUGCUGAGAAUGAUGUCGUAGAAUGUUCUUCGUCCACGGAAUCCAAAAUCCUUAUAGAUGUCUUUGGAGGAGGACAUGAUGGCACCAGUGGCGGCGGUACGUACUCCUCACACGCCCUUUGCGCAUCAGCCACGACAAACGUUUGGUCUAGCCUUUCAUCGUGGAUCCCGACUGCACUCUCGCCGUCCCCGCGCGCUCAACAACAAAUACUAGAUGUAGGACGAGAUGAGAACCCUGUUAGGACGAACAAGAAAAUGUCUGGAAUUAAAAGCAGCCCGGCAAUUCCUUCUUAUACAGGAGGUCGAGGUGGUGGCGGUCGUACUAGAAGAACUGUGACAAGGACAUCUGAUGACGUUCAUGAAAGAAUAGACGAAGAGGAAGACGAUGGCCUUUCAACGUCCAAAUCCACACCUAGCUGUACCAGACGUAAGUCAUCUCUCCGAUUUUUCUAUGCGGAGGAUGGUCCGGUGACGCAACGAGUGAGCGAGUAUCGCACUGCCUUGAGGUCAGUAACGACAGUGGCAGCGCUGGGUGCCAGAGUAGUGAGUCAACGGGCCUCACACGCCACUGAACACGUGUCACACACCGCAACGGACGGCUUUUUCUGCGUAAGCCGUGUGGCUCUUGCUUAUCUUUGUUCGAGCUCGUUGUCAUGGGGUGGCGCAGGACAACAAGAGCAGAUCUGUCAAGACCCAACUUUUUAUCAUCAAUCAGUCGAAGUUCAACAUGGUGAAGCUGUUCCUGCACAACAACGACAAGGGGUGCUCCGGGACGAACGCGAACAGCAUGCAGUGGUUGGCGUUGUAUCGCCAGGCUCUAUGCUGGCGCACCAGAUUGGGAAUGUGGUGCUGGAUAGUGCUCACGGUCUCACUUCUCGUACAAUUUCUUAAGGGGAUAACUUUUAUUUCAUGUUGAUUUUUAAUACCCGGUACCAGUUGCAUGAACAACUAUCAUGAAGAUGUGAGUACGAUUUGUACAGGUGUCUUGACAAGCAAUUAGAACCUCCCUCUUUAGUUAGUGCAGAAGCACUGUUCAUCAACGACACCACACUCGAAGAGUCACUUAUGUACUAUUUGCUCAAGAUUCACAUUCAGUCAGGAUACGGAUAAAAAGGAACAAAAGGAGCUACCAAUAUUAUAGUUCUAAAUAGCGCACGGCCAUCACUGUGCCCGUUGGGGUAUCGAAACGGCAGCAAUUGCGGCUCCGGUUCUCGUUGACUUCGCCUUGGUGGCGGCGGCAAGAAGCCUUGAUGUCGUCCUUGCAGCGGCCAAUAGUGGCGUCGAUGAAGAUGAAGAUCAUCAUGAUAUUGUCAAAGACGAUACUUGUGAACGCGAUUAAUAUGGAACGGAUGCCUUUCCGUCUUCCGCCAUUGAGUUUGAGUAUUUUUAUGACUGCUAAAAGCGAAAACCUCUACUACUCGUUUUGUUCAUACGGGCACUCCAUCACGACGAGAGCAUAGCGAACGAAGGCAAAAAAGGAUGAGCUUCAGUUUGGUGGCAGGCCAAUGAAAACUUUAACGCUACUUCCACUAAGGCAGAGAACGUGGUGAAAGUAAUUCACAGUCGCGUCACUUUCACACGUUGUCAACACUUUUCUAUGUACUAUGGACGUUUAAAUUGACUAAAACUCAUUUUUUUUGAUACCCUACCUGAGCAAGCGCCGUGUGACUCGUGUAAGUAAGUAUUUUUCAUGUACUUGUUGAAGAUUCAUGAUACAUGUGGAAGAUUUCCUAUGAAGCAACUGAACAUCAAGAAACAAAAUGUAAUCAUCUACACGAGGACGAGGAGAUACCGAUAUAAUCAGGGCUUCAUUUUCUUUUAUUGAAGAAUGACUUUUCCCGGUUUAUUUGAUGGGCGGACGAGCAUGGAAUCAUCUCAGCCAUUCUUAGUAGAUG